UGGCAGUGGCGGGACUAUUCGGACGCGGCAGAUUGUCCCGCGGCUGGGAGAGCCGCGCUGGAGGAGCGAGUUGUGGCAAACCCGGAUUUUCCUUCUCCGCAUCCGAGCAACCCGCGUGGCUGCUGGGGCAGAGCGAGCAGCCGGAGGCGCCUGAGAUUAGAGGAGCUUCCCGGCUAAAUCCCCUGCCGGGCCGGGCCGAGGCGGCGGCUUUACCCUGAGCCCCCCCCCCGCGCCGCCCAGCUAAGCCGCUCUAAUCACAGACACACGCCGGGCGCGGCCGAGGCCAGCGGCGCCAGCAGGGGAGAGCCCCGGGUCCGCCGGCCUAGGCGAGUCAGUGGCCCACCCGCCUGCGACCUGCCCGGGCAGAAGACCAAGCCGGGCUCCGCGCCCCUUGCCAUGGAGCCGCGGCGGCCGCAGCAGCGCUACAGCGACUCGUCGCCGCCGCCGCCCGUCCGGGGGCCCCGAGAGAACAAGCUGCUUCGCAGGAAGGUGCCCGCCGGGGCGGGGAGUGGGCCCGGCCCGGAGGACGCGGCUGUGGACGGCAGGAAACCCAAAUUUCAUUUAAAUAUCAAGACACUGACAGAUGAUAUGUUGGAUAGAUUUGCCAGCAUAAGGAUUCCAGGCAGUAGGAAAGAAAGACCUCCUUUAUUGCAGCUGAAACAAUCUCAUUCCUCUAUUGAUUGGUCAUCACCUCCCGCAGAUGUGGAUGAAUUCAUUCCCAAACCCUUGUCAGAGCGAGAAAUCCUAGCACUUUUUGAAAAAAUGAUGGAAGAUAUGAAUUUAAAUGAAGAUAGAAAAACACCAUUGCGAGAAAAGGACUUCAAUACCAAAAAAGAAAUGGUGAUGCAAUAUAUCAGUACUGCUUCAAAGGCUGGAAGCCUCAAGAGCAGCCGACAGAUUACAGCACAGGAAUUCAUCCUGGAACUAAAAUCUGGAGCAACAGAUGAAAGACUUGUCACUUGCUUAGAAUCUCUACGGGUUUCUUUGACCAGUAACCCUGUCAGUUGGGUUGAAAACUUUGGACAUGAAGGACUGGGUUUGUUGCUGGAUGUUUUAGAAAGACUGGUUGAAACAAAAUCUCAGGACAGAGUUGUGAAGAGGAGUCAGCAUAAGAUCGUACAGUGUUUGAAGGCCUUUAUGAAUAAUAAGUAUGGGUUGGAAAGAAUAAUGGGAGAAGAAAGGAGCCUUUCAUUGCUGGCCAGAGCAAUUGAUCCCAGACAAACUAACAUGAUGACUGAUGUUGUUAAACUCUUGUCUGCAAUAUGCAUUGUUGGAGAGGAAAACAUCCUUGAAAAAAUUUUGGAAGCUGUAACAACAGCAGCAGAAGAAAGGAACAUAGACAGAUUUUCCCCCAUUGUAGAAGGCCUUCAGGAUAACUCAGUUCAGCUGCAAGUAGCUUGUAUGCAGCUCAUCAAUGCUCUUGUAACAUCUCCUGAUGAUCUGGACUUCAGGCUCCACAUCAGAAAUGAAUUUAUGCGCUCUGGACUGAAGGAGAUAUUGCCACAAUUGACAUGUAUAAAGAGUGAUGCUCUAGAUAUCCAGCUGAAAGUCUUCAAUGAGCACAAGGAAGAAGACAUGAUUGAGUUCUCCCAUCGUUUGGAAGAUAUUAGGUCUGAACUGGAUGAAGCAAAUGAUGUUUACAAUAUGGUGUGGAACACAGUCAAGGACACUAAUGCUGAAGGAUAUUUUCUUUCUAUUCUCCAGCAUCUUUUGCUCAUACGAAAUGAUUAUUUUAUACGACCCCAGUAUUUCAAAUUAAUUGAAGAAUGUGUGUCCCAGAUAGUAUUGCAUCGAAGUGGAACAGACCCAGAUUUCACCUACCGUAAAAAGUUAGAUGUAAAUUUCAGUCAUUUAAUAGAUGUUUGUGUAGAUAAAGCAAAAAUAGAAGAAUUUGAAGAGAGAGCUUCAGAACUUUCCAGGAAAUUUGAAAAAGAAUUUAUAGUCCAUCAGGAGAUCCAGUCCCUACUGCAGAAAAAAGAAGAAAAAAUCAAUGCGCUAGAAGCAGAAUUACAGGCUUUUAAAUCCCAGUAUGGCUCCAUACCACAUGGAUCAGAUGUUCAUUUUUUACCAUCAAUACAAGGAGGCACAUCUAUUCCUCCAUCAGCUGCUGCAGCACCUGAACAGUUACUACCAUCUCCCCCACCAGCAUCUUUUAAUGGAGCAGUGCCGCCUCCGCCGCCACCUCCGCCACCUCCGCCACUGCCUUUUAUGAAUAGCUCAGGAAUGGCUCCAUCUUUUGGUGCACCACCACCUCCUCCGCCACCAGGCUUUCCUGGAGUACAGUGGUCUCCACCUCCACGUACAUUGCCCUUUGGAUUGAAGCCUAAAAAAGAAUUCAAACCUGAGAUCACCAUGAAAAGGCUCAAUUGGUCAAAGAUUAGGCCACAUGAAAUGAAUGAAAACUGUUUCUGGCUAAAAGCAGAUGAGGACAAGUAUGAGAAUGCUGAUUUGCUUUGCAAACUGGAGCUUACGUUUUGUUGUCAAAAGAAAGUAAAACAGGAAGAGGACGAUUUUGAAGAGAAGAAAUCUAUUAAGAAACGAAUCAAAGAACUAAAAGUCUUAGACCCGAAGAUUGCACAGAAUCUCUCAAUUUUCCUUGGUUCUUUCCGAGUGCCUUAUGAGGAAAUCAAAAUGAUGAUAUUGGAAGUAGAUGAAACACAGCUGGCAGAGACCAUGAUUCAGAAUUUAAUAAAACAUCUUCCUGAACAAGAGCAGCUGAAUACACUAUCCAAAUUCAAGAGUGAAUAUAAUAAUUUGUCUGAACCAGAGCAGUUUGGAAUUGUGAUGAGCAAUGUGAAGAGACUACAGACACGGCUCAGUGCUAUUCUCUUUAAGCUUCAGUUUGAGGAACAGGUGAACAACAUCAAACCUGACAUCAUGGCUGUCAGUGCUGCCUGUGAAGAGAUAAAGAAGAGCAAAAGCUUUAGCAAGUUGCUGGAACUAGUGUUGCUAAUAGGAAACUACAUGAAUGCAGGUUCUCGGAAUGCACAGACCUUUGGAUUUAACCUCAGCUCUCUAUGUAAAUUAAAGGACACAAAGUCAGCAGAUCAGAAAACAACUUUGCUCCAUUUUCUGGUUGAAAUAUGUGAAGAGAAAUAUCCUGAUGUCCUGAAUUUUAUUGAAGAUUUGCAGCAUUUAGACAAAGCUAGUAAAGUCUCAGCAGAAAACCUGGAGAAGAACCUGAAGCAGAUGGAAAGGCAGCUUCAACAGCUUGAGAAGGAUUUGAAGAUCUUUCCCCCUCCUGAUGAUAUCCAUGACAAGUUUGUGACAAAGAUGUCUAGCUUUGCAGUUUAUGCAAGAGAACAUUACCAAAAACUUACCAGGAUGCAUGAGAACAUGGAGAAGCUCUAUCAAAACGUGAUGGGAUACUAUGCCAUUGAUUUGAAAAAAGUUUCGGUGGAAGAAUUUUUAACCGACUUGAAUAACUUCAGGACAAUGUUCUUGCAAGCAGCCAAGGAGAAUAUAAGAAGAAGAGAAGCAGAGGAAAAACAGAGACGUGCUAGAAUAGCUAAGGAGAAAGCAGAAAAAGAAAAAUUAGAGAGGCAACAAAAGAAAAAGCGCUUGUUAGAAAUGAAAACAGAGGGUGAUGAGACAGGAGUGAUGGAUAGCCUGCUGGAGGCCUUGCAGUCAGGUGCUGCUUUCCGAGACCGGAGAAAACGGACACCAAGGCCUAAAGAUAUACUGCAAAAUCUCAGCCCAACCAAUCAGAGGCCAGUUCUGAAACCUUGUAACCAUGAGAACCAGAAAGCACACCUAGAAAAGUCGCAUUCAAACCACAGUAUCAAUUUCAACUUCACAAGGACUCCAAUCACCAAGAAGUUUAAUUAUGACAUGGAAGCUAAUUCCUCUAUAGCAAGGAGCAAGGCUGUUGGAAGAAAGGAAGCCUACAAUGGAGAAAGCAACAGAGAAAAGGAAAUGGAGCUUGUUGGCUCUGCUUCCAAAGGAGAAGUAGUUCCUGAAGUAGAGGCUUUGCUGGCAAGAUUACGCGCAUUAUGUGCCCUUGAGGGCCAGCUCCUACGCACUGAUGAAGUGCCGCCAUCAGAUAAAGAGGCAAACGAGGAGGAGUAAGGAGGACACUUUUUGAGAAGUGCUGCAAUCGUCUGAUUGUGCAGCUAGCGAGCACAGUGCAUGUAGACAACAAACUAAAAAUGGAUAGCCAAGAGAGGAGACGGGGCAAGAGGGACAAUAAAGCUCAGGUCACUCAUUGUGCUGCAGCUAGAACAUAUCCAUGCACAACUCCUCCUGCAGCCCAUACAGAACUGCGUUCCAUGCCCUCCCCAAGCUCCCCACAUAAAUUAUUUGCAUAUUCCCGGCCCAUCACAGUACCCCUUGCUCUACACCCCGACGAACACGCCCCAUAAUGACAGCUG